CAGAAGACGCGCAAAUUAGCCUCCAUUCUCUUAAGAAAAAGGUUUCUUUGACGGAAAUAUUUUACACUGCCUGCUGAUGUAAGAGUCUAAUGCUGCGACGAGACUUAAGUUUUGUUGUCGUGUAUGGAAACUGCUUUGGUAGACUGCUUCAAAAGUGAUCAAAGUGUUUAGCAUUUCUAAACCAAUAUAUAGUAAUUCUAUUUUUAUCUAUGGCGAUACUUCCCGUACUGGAGCCUGAUAUAUCCUUUUUUAUCUUAGUGUAACUUAAUUUAGCUACAUUCACAUAGUUCAGGUUUCGUCUAUGACGUGAAACGCACGCCAAAUUGAUGUUUCCAAGUUAUUCAUAGAACGUCUGUUGGAGUUUGCAUUAAAUUAACGCUGACGGGCAGGUGAAUAUCCAUUAUAUCUUCCGGUGAAUAUACAAGAUGGUGAAGGCAACGUAGGCUGUUGUCUUACAAAGUUAAAAAAAAAACAAAACCAUCGGACAAAGAAAGAUGAACAACUGCAGCAUUGUUGAUUUUGAGGUUCAAUCAACUUGUUCUAAUGUCGUUUCCACUUCGCUCACAUCAGUUAUUUCCUUCGUUAGUGUUUCCGCAUUUGUCGGCAACAUUCUAGUGACGGCAGUCUUUCUCAUAAACACCACUAUCAGAACCAGCACAAACUACUUCAUCGUCAAUAUGGCAGUUUCUGAUUUACUCUCCGCUUUCACCAACUGGCCACUGUACGUCAUGGAUGGGAUGCUUUCAAGGAAACAUGUGAUCGACGAUCCGAUGGCUACAAUUCUGUGCAAGCUGGGAUUGUAUUCCAGGGCUGUAUCGCAGGCUGUGUCAAUUCUUAGCCUCGAACUGAUCGUCCUUGACAGAUUCGUUGCUAUUGUACUCCCCUUCCAGUCUAUAAGGAUAACAAGACGCCUGCGAGCAGUUUUAAUGUUAUUCUCAUGGAUCUUUCCACUUUCGACUCUUUUUCCGUACGUCUGGUUUGCAAAGAUCGUGCAGGAAGGUCGUCAAACCUUUUGUAAAUUUUCAUCCUCGUGGAACACGAUGGAGCUCUCCACAUUCUAUACUGUCGGGUUCUUAGUAUUUUACUUCAUACCAUUUAUUUUGAUAACUGUACUUUAUUCCAAAAUCAUGAAAUGUUUAAAACAACGAAGACCGAUGGAUCAAACUCGGCAAAACACUAUAAGAAUUCAGAAUAGGCAGCAGAACCAGAUUGUCAUGAAAGUCUUCAUCUCUAUUGUCGUUGCCUUUUUCCUCUGUUGGACUCCACUCUGUGUCUAUAUAGUGCUUGUAGUGGUCUUCCCUUCGCUGUUUGCUAAAGAUACAUGUCAGUUAUUUUUAGGUUUGUUUUACUACGUUUUUCCAUCUUUAAGCGCAGCGAUUAAUCCUGUGAUUCUUUUCGUAUCCAGCUCACGAUUCUCGAAUUUACUGAAAGAGAUGUUUACGAGUUUGUUCUGUAAGCGUUGUUGCAGAAGUGGGCGGAUAUCAGCGCAAAGACAAAUUAUUGAUUUACAAGUAGUUCAACCCUGAAAAUAAAGUUGCGCUCAAAAAUGAAACCGUCGCAGGCCUAAAACCCCCUCGAUUUAAGUAACAGAAAGCAAAUUGAGCAGAAAAGUGGUGUUGCAUCGUACCGUUAAUACUUUUUUUAGGGGUUUCUUAUGUUUGUAUGCUCUGCCCCAUUAGCAAAGGCAAAUUUGGAUAAAUAAAAUUCCAACUCAAUGACUUGUUCU